AUGUUUUACUUACAGGUGUCAACGAGUUCUGUAGUUCUCUCAGUGACUCCAUUGGACGCCCCUGAUGUAGGUGAGCUGGUCCAUGAACAAUUGACAUCGAACCUUCGAAAAAAGAAACCGACCCGAAGAAGUUAUCCUGGUAAGGAUACGUACCGGACCAACAUUAUAACGCCUUCUAAAGAUACUGUACCCUUCGGACCUGCAAGACUUGCGAGGUACCUCUCAACGUGGAAAACAUUCUGCUGGACUGUGAAGCCCUUAUUGACGCCAGGACAGUUGUAA